GUUCCUAAAAUCGCGAAAAACGCUCCGAAGAAACACGGAAUGGUUACUAGACAUGCUUCCUUGACCACGGAAAAUUUUUAGUGUCAGAAACGCAUCGAUAAAGCACGAAAAGGUUUCUGAAAUGGUGGAAAUGCACUCAAGAAUCACAAAAACAUUUUUGGAAAAUUGCGUGAAUCAAACUAAGAAACGCGGAAACGUAUCCAGGGAACACGAAAACGUUUUUAGAGUCGCCAAACCUCAGCCAAGGGAGCAUGGAAAGAUUCUGGAGAUUGAUAAACGCAUCUUGAAUAUAUGUACGUAAAUGAUUUUAGUAUCUUAAACACGAAUCCAAAAGGCACUGAAAGAUUUCAGAUUCAUAAAAACGAAACCAAACACGGAAAUGUUUAUAGAAUUGCAGAAACGUAAUUAUUAAAAAGUAGAGAAACAUUCUAGAAUCGUAAAAUGGCAAUUUUCAUCAAAUAUUAGAAUCUAAAAUAAAGAGAAAAUACCAUAUUUCCAGGAACGGGUAUUAAAUGAUGUUUUUUUUUCGUUUUAUGAGUUACCCCUCAAUUCUGAUUUUGAAUAUUUCUCUCGGAAAUUCAAAGUCAAAAGCAUCGAUUUUCGAGAGCAAUUUCUGUGGUAAUUUGGUGAAGAAUAUAUUCUGGGAUUUCUUCGUAUGCGCUCUAAUUGGCCAUUCCCGUUAUCAUGUUUCGCAGCAGUGAUUCUGGAAUAUGGAAAAGAAGCAUCUCCCCAAGAUAAUUUUUGAGGCGAUCAAGUGUGAAGGAGCAACUGUUGAAGAGAUGCUGCAGAAAAGGCCAAAGAAAAUAUAACUUCGAUUCCGGGACAAUGGUAAAAUAUCUACGCAAUUGAGCUCAUAAUCUCAAUUUUAUUGGAAAAACAUUGGUGCUUGUGAUGAUUUUCACUUCUUUGAUUAGAAGGUGAACGAUAUAAUUUUUAUUCCCGCAAAUGAGAUUUAGGGAAGGAGCACAGAAGAAUUCCAGAGGCUUAUUUCUGUACUGAAUCGAGUGCGUCUGGCAUCGUCUUUGAAUCACACAAACCUCCAUCGACAUUUAAUUAGACUCAUAUAUCUCUCUUUCUCGUUGAGGGGCUCUUCAUUGAGGAAAAUAGAAGACAUUGUAGGAUGAUCCGCUGAGGGGUCGCCAUGUGCUUGCUGGUGGCGCGAAAAGUACUGGCACAGCAGGAGGACAGUGAGGAGCCCCCACCUGAGGGAUACUACGCCUUUGUGGAAGCUCCCUCGGCAAUUCCACCAAGGGUCAGGCCUCCGCCCUACACCCAUGUCAAUGUGGACUGCAAGGAUUUUGUCAACAGUAAGCCCUACGUCUCCGUCCACAAUAUCUGUGGUGAUCUCAACAAAGGCCAAAUACCCAGGAAUCCCAUGAGACAGAAUAUUCUCGGAGAACCAUAUCCAUUUGAAUUGAUCCGGAAUCAAACACUGAAAUUCCUCUCAAAGACACUCCCAGUUCUCAAGGCGGAUGACACACUUCCCAAGGUGACUCAAGUAUUUCCAGAUGAAAUUGUCGAGACCAUCGAUAACAAUGCAAUUGGUCGUCGAAUGGGACGAAUGAAGAGAGAAGCCAACACGAAGAAGCCAGAGGAUGUACGAGCAGCAAGGAAAUUCUGUGACGGUGGCGGAAUCUUCUGCACACUUUACCGCGCCCUCCAAGGAGACCCAAUUGUCUCCCAAGUAGCUGAACGUCGAGAGGAGAGUGGAGGCGCUGCAGUGCCUCGCUACGAAGGACCCCCGACUCCCUGCCCUGCUAAAGUGGAAUAUGCAACGCCUGUCUUUGCUAAGAACUACCAAGGCUCUUGGAGAUAUGUCGUACAGAUCCCCUACGAGGGCUACUUCACCCAAACCGUCGAAGUGACCAGAUGCCUUCAAGCACGCUGCCACUAUUUGGAUGGAGGCUGCCUCUCCUCACCGCGCUGGGUUAGCCUACUCGUGGUUGAAAUUUUCUAUCCCAACAGCGAGGAUUAUACAAGCACCACGACUUCCACAACAGCGCCUCCUGUUCAAGACUUCCAGGCCUACCAACAGUAUCUGCAGAAGAGAGCGGGACUCUCAACUGCAACUGACGGAUCGAACUUUGAGCCAACAGGAGGCUCAGGAAGCGGAUCAGGGAAACUUCCACAUUGCGAUGGACACGAUGAGAUUGGAUGCUUCCAGGUUCGCUUAUACUACGAUUGGUUCCUGAUUCCAGGAUCCUGCAAAUGCUGGCGACCUGACUACUUUGCAAAGUACGUCCGGAGGAAACCCACGACGGAUCUCUAGACGUUCGUGCGUUUCUCUCUUCGCACUCCCACUAAUCGCUAAUCCCACUUGAACGUAACAGACUGAUUUCCCAAGGAGCCCUCCUGGGGCCCCUCCCACUCGGUGGCGGGCUUUAGAGUAACUUCCGGGGACUAAUCUUACUCUAUUCUGUAAAUAUUAUCAAAGAAUCGUGUAAUUUAUGAUGUGUCUAAUAAAAACUUCCGAAGAA